CCAUAUUUUCACAGAUGCUUGUAAUGAUCGACUCGUACCAACCGCGAGCUACCAAAGCUUCCAAGGAGCCGUGAAUUAGACGUCGGACAUGGCUUUUCCCGGAUUCAACGCUUGCCUCAGCACAAUCUCGAGGUGGCGCGCAACACGGCUAUCGGUCGUGUCUUCACCUUGUCGGAGAUCUUCCCAUACUCCUACGAUGAGAUCAAGGUUCUUCGAACACGACUGUGAUGUUCCUGCCGAGCCCUUGCAUCGAUACCAGACUGGUGGGUAUCAUCCGGUGCAUUUGGGGGAUUUCUUGCACGACGGCAGAUACAAGAUUCUACACAAACUAGGUUGGGGCGGCUACUCUACUGUAUGGGCUGCGCGAGAUCAGAAAACAAACACAUACGUUGCAGUCAAGAUACUAGUCGCCGAGCAGAGAUGUCAGAAUCGAGAGCUGGCGACUUUGCGUACCCUCAAAGAAGUACAGUCUGAUCAGCCUGGCUAUCAAAAUGUCAUGACCAUGCAAGAUUUCUUCCAGGUUCAGGGUCCUAACGGAACUCAUGAUUGCCUUGUGUUAGAGAUGCUUGGGCCUAACCUUGGGGAUUUCAUCGGGGCCUAUGUCGACGAGCAUAGAUACCCUGGAAAAGUCGUCAAGAGCGUUGUAGCUGAAACUCUCCUUGGCCUACACCAUUUGCAUGAACAAGGCAUUGUACAUGGAGAUCUCCACACCCGUAAUGUGGCCUUCACGAUUCCCUCUGUACAAGAAUUGCGAGAGCAAGAAUUUCUACAGAAACUGGGAGACCCCAACACGAGUCCCAUCCGAAGGGUCGACGGAGCUCCGCUUGAGCCUAGCAUGCCCCAGUACCUUGUAAUGCCCACUGAUUAUCCACAUGAUUGUGAGUCUGCGUUUGGUCCGGUCAAGAUCAUCGACUUUGGUCAAUGUUUCUCGAGCAACGACAUCCCACUUGAACUCCAUACCCCGAUCUCUGUCCGACCUCCCGAAGUUGUUUUCAAGGAUAAAGUGGAUUAUCGGAUGGAUCUGUGGAGUAUGGGCUGCAUGUUGUUCGAGUUAGUCACCAAGCAACUACCUUUCGAUGCCCUUAUGCAAACGCCCUCAGGUCUAGUUGCGCAGAUGCUAGAGAGGACCGACGAGGCGUUACCUCGUCGCUGGCAGGAGAUCUGGCGACCAAUGUCUCUCGAGAACCAGGCCAGGCGGGACAAGUUGCGUGCGAAAUAUUCGUUGCCACUUGAAGCUGGACGUCAGUAUGGUCUCCAAGAGUGGUUGCACAAGAUGUACUUUGAAACGGAACAGAGAGUCGAUUUGAGCCAGGAGGACAUGUUCAAGGUCGGAGCGCUAAUUCACAGGAUGCUGCGCCUCGAACCUGCAGCGAGGCCCUCGGCGCGAGAGCUUUUGCAAGACUCCUGGUUUCUGGAGACGUAACAAAGGUUCUUUAUCCGCAUUUUAGUUGGUGAUGUGUUCGAAAGAGCUACAAGAGUAUUUGUUUGCUACCGAAUUGUGAUAGCGAGGUCACAAACAGCAGAGCAGUUCCAGCAUGUAAUACAUUGGCAGCAUCCUUGACAGGCAUAUGAUGCAGUGUCAUGACUUCAAUUCGCGUGUUCAUGUCCAAGCGAAUCUAGGAUACACAGGGAUUGGUGCCAGUUAAGGUGUUGUGUCACCACAAUGUCUAAAUCGCUACGCAAAAGAAGGUGGUUUAUCGUAAAACUGUGCGUGAUGUGUGGAUG